CUUAGGUUGAAAACUCAGCUCUCUGAGAAACACUAAAGCAGAACAAUAUAUGGAGCCUUUUACCGCAUUAUCCAGUCCCAGGAUAUCUUUCUCAGCUGAUUAUCUUGAUGAGAAUGAUUUUAUAUCAAUAUGCCCCAAUUCAGAUGCACAAAAAGAAAAGGAGAAAGUCUGCAAUGCCCCAGAGUUUGAAUUUCUUUCCGGCGAGCUGAAGAGCGAAAGCUGCCUGAUAACGCCGGCCGAUGAGCUGUUCUUCGAGGGAAAGAUGAUCCCUUUCUGGGAAAUGACCCAUUUUGAGAAAAAGCUCGGCAAUAUCAGCCUGAAGACUGAGGAGGAAGAGGAGAUGGAGAAGCAGAGGAAGGAGGCCAGCUGGUUUCUUGAUGACGAUCCGUCGCCGAGGCUGCCGAAAUGCAUUGUUAUGUGGAAAGAGCUGCUGAGGUUGAGGAGAAACCGGCCGUCUUCCUCCCUGUCCCCGUCUUCUUCCACGUCUUCGUCUUCGUCGUCGGGCUCCCUUCCGCCGCCGGCAGAUGAGCGGCCGGGAAGAAGCAGGGAGAAGGGUGCAGGGAAGGUAAUGAAGAUGAAGAAAGGCGGGGUGGACACGGCCAAAUCUGCAGCAACUAUAAGGGAUUACUCUGGUCUUGAAAAAUGUUCUGCAUACUACACAUAAUUUUGAAUCAAAGCUAGUGAGCAGAACUUUGAUCUCCAUUUUAGUUUGGCCGUUUUAUGUUAUCAUGAAACUUAUUUGCUUUUUCCUAGGUUAGUGAAAUCAAUAAUUUUUUGAGUUUAAUUAUCUCCAAUUGCAUUGUUAAAAUAUGACUCCGUGUUAUAUAUCACCAUUUUAAUAUGAACGUCUAUGUAUAUCAAACACACAAAAGACCUUGUUAGCAAAAUGUGGUAGUUACCUUGGUUUUAUGUGGACUGUUUUGAGUGUCA